CAGCCGGUCACAUUCCGUACGUCUCCCUCUUCCUCAGUGCUCUCGUUCCUCACCAAUGAUGGAGGAGGCGGUAGCAGCCACGGCUUUCUCUUCUUUUGCGCCCUAGAUUUGCCAGGAAUCGUCAUGGUUUUAUCGCCGCACUAGAACUCUCCCUCGGCGCGCGAAAUCGUGAGUGAUCGAUCGCGGUAUGGAAUUUUCGGGUGCGGUAGCUUCCUACAUUUUGCCGCAGUCGCACGAAGGGUAAAUCGCGGGGAUGGCGAUGGUUGGUUUCGCCUAAUUCUCCACUCUUGACACCCCCACUUCACCUAAUUCCCCAAAAUCGCCACUCCAAUUCCUCCCCACAUUGCACGAUCGAGCAGAGAGGAGCGCGCUCUCACACUCAGGCGACUUCGUUUUCUUCGAUCCUCCGAUCCACAUUGAUUGAUCGAGCAGAGACUUGAAAGGAGAUUCGAUCGAUCGAUUGCUUGAUUUAGAAACAAUUGGGAUGUCCCGGAAUUGCGAUGAUCCCCUGCGAUGGCUCAAGCCACUCCUCCACACCAAUUUCUUCCACUCGUGCCAAAAGCACCCACAUUUGAGCCGCAACGAGUGCAAUCUCUACUGCCUGGAUUGCCCCGGCCAGGCAAUUUGCUGCCCGUGCACGAUUGACCAUCGAAAUCACCGUAUGCUCCAGAUCAGACGCUCGUCCUACCACAAUGUGAUUAGAGUUUCGGAGAUCCACAAGGUGCUGGACAUCACCGGCGUCCAAACCUACGUGAUCAACAGCGCCCGCGUCGUGUUUCUCCACCACAGGCCGCAGAUCAAGCCCGUGAAACCAUCGCUCAAGACUUGCGAGAUCUGCGAGCGGAGCCUGCCACAAAGCUACCGCUUUUGCUCCCUGGCUUGCAAGCUUGCGGGGAUCACCCAUCUCAACGAGAAAUUCGUGCCUCGGGAACCCAAGCGAGACAAGAAUGGUGGCAACAAGCAACAACCAAAGCAACACCAAGAACAACAGCAACAGCAACUGGAUCACGAAGCAUACGAGGAUUUCAUGGAUCAUCGCAAAGUUGAUGGUGCCAGUGCCACCGACAGCAGCAGCAGCAGCAGCAGGAUCAAUGCCGCUAAAAUUCCAGACUCCACACUGCUCGGCUUGUCGCCUCCAACGCCUCCACCCAUUAUCGCAAACAUUGACAGAAGGAAUCCCAGCCGACGAAAAGGUUUACCUCAGAGGGCGCCACCUCUCUAAAAAUCCAAAAAAAAAUUCCAAAAAACACUAUUCUAUAUCAAUAAUAAAUUUUCCUGUGGAACAAUCUACCCAGCUA